UUAGCAAUAUGAAAAUUAUAGCAUUAUUUCUAUUGGCAAAUAUUGGCAACAUCCUAGGCAAAACACUUGAGCACGAAAAUGCAAACGCAACAAAGAAACUAGAAUAUAUUGUGGAAAAAUAUAAAUAUUUAUCCACUGGAAAUGCUGAAUUUGCGCAGUGGAUUAAAAAACUUUACAAAGUUAACAUGGGAAACUCAAUGAUGGAAAAAAUGAAGCUGUAUGCUGAAUUUUUGCUCUAUGAUGAUCGUCGCCAGUAUUUGGAAAAGAAAAUUAAAAAUCGCAUAGACACGAUUAAUGAGCUAAUUAAAGAUACUAAAAAGGAUAAAAAGUGUAUUAAGUAUUAUCAAAGACAGAAAAAGUCUCUCCAAAUGGCCUACAAGUUUGCAAAUAAAACAAAAAUUAAUAACAUUUUUCAUAAUUCGAAAACUUGCGAGGAAAAAACUGAAAGCAAUGAAGACAACGACCUUUACAGUUAUUACUAAAACAAAUUAAACGAAUGAA